AUGAUACAAGUCCAAACCACAGCGAACAGCACAGACUUGGUGGGGAAUCCAACUCGGAGGGAGUUCGACAUUUGCUCUUUUCUCAAACAGCCAGGCAAAGUGAGUGCGAUCCGAGAUAGUUCCCCAAAAUACGAAGAUACCAACUAUACGAUAAUAGGACAAUUAGAGCCUUUGAAUUUUGCUACAGGGAAGCUUGACUUCGACGAUGUCGAUCCCGAGAUCGGAAUGCACUUGCUUUCGAUCUACUGGAGCCGUCAGCUUUACACGGCACAGAUCAUAUAUCGUCCUGCAUUUAUGCGGGAUAUGGCCUGCCAGGGGCCGUACUUCUCCAAGUUGCUGCUGAAUGCAAUCUUCUUCGUCGUGUCGAAGCAUUGUCCGCGACUUGAACUGCGUUCUGACCCAAACGACAUAACUACUGCAGGCUGGAAAUUCCGUCAACGCUUCACCCAACUGCUGCGGGAUUGUUUUGAUAAGAGUGAAAUCACAACACUACAAGCGUUGCUUAUAAUGUCCAACGCAUUAUUUUCCAGGUGCGAUGAGCGCAGUUUGUCGUGGCUAUAUGCUGGUAAUGCAUUCAAUAUGUUCAUUGAUCUUGGUCUGCAUGUACUUCCCACCGCCGACAGCAUUUCGGCCGAGGAACUAGAGAUCAGGAAAAGAGUUCUUUGGGGAGCGUAUCUCAUCGAUAAAAUUCAAUGCCUUUUCCAGGGACGACCACCACUUCUAAGUCAUGUCAACUUGAAAGCAUCAAUGGACUUUUUGGAUGACUACGACGAGCUCGAACCAUUCCAAGACAUCUCAUAUAUGACCAUCAAGCCCCAAUGUGUGGUUCCUUCACUCAACGUCUCUUUGCUCACCAAGCUGUGUGAGUUGACAACUAUCGUGGAGCGAAUUUGGCGCGAAAUUUACUCUGAAUCCCGGGAGUCCAAUUCCGUCCACAGGGCCACGAUAUCAGAAGAGAUAAAAUCUCAACUUCGGAUCUGGCGUGGAAGUCUUCCACCCCAGCUGGACUAUCUCUCAUCCUCGAAUCAGGCUAUUAUCUUGCCUCAAUCGACUUGUCUUUUAGCUCUCUUCAAUGUGCUCGUGAUUCUUGUGCACCGACCAUUAAUUACCGGAGGCCAUAGCGGCGUGAUAAAUCCAGCAACCGCUCAUGAGUCGGUAAAUGCCUGCACUGCAGCCGCCAACCAAAUUAUGCAAAUCCUUCAUGAUUAUUCACAACACUUCUCUCUCAGCACAGCGCCAUACAUGCUCUCAUACGCCACCUAUAUCAGCGCUACGAUCCACGCCCGGAUUGUUGCACAAAAAGGAAGCAACUCGUCGGUGUUUCAAUCCCUCGUUCUCUGUCGAAAUAUCUUGAUUGAACAUACCCGCCUAUAUGCAGCCGCUGAAAAAGCCAAAGAGAACCUCGACAAGCUGAUCUCUCAUCUUGGUAUCAGCACCGAGGAAAAUGAACAGUUUGGUGACUCUGUGCCAAGUGUUGCUAGAGAAAGUACUGUCUUGGAAGAACCGACGAGCUUUGCUGGAGAGAUGGGCCCCACAGAUCGCGCGCCUGAGUUUGCCUCGUCUUUCAUGAAUCUGGAGUUAUCAGAUCUUGACCUUGAAGCAAUCGCCCAGGGCUUCCAAGUUGAUGUUGAGUCUCAUUCAUUCUGGCAUUCACUGGGAGCAUGA